AUCUUCUUGUUCAAUCGAGCACGACUUCGUCGAACAGUUUCCGAUUCAGAAAUCCAAGCUUGAAACAAAAUGACUGGGCGUGGAAAGGGAGGAAAAGGUCUGGGAAAGGGAGGAGCAAAACGUCACCGUAAGGUCCUCCGCGACAACAUCCAGGGGAUCACAAAGCCGGCCAUCCGCCGUUUGGCUCGCAGGGGCGGCGUGAAGCGUAUCAGCGGUCUGAUCUACGAGGAGACACGUGGAGUGCUCAAGAUCUUUUUGGAGAACGUCAUCAGAGACGCCGUGACCUACACCGAGCACGCUCGCCGCAAGACCGUGACGGCCAUGGAUGUGGUCUACGCGCUCAAAAGGCAGGGCAGGACCCUGUACGGGUUCGGUGGCUAGGGUUUUUGGGGGUCUUCAAGUCUUGCUGUCAAGAAAUGGGUUAAUGGGUUUGGUUUAGUGGUUAAUUACGAAUUAAUUAGUUGUUUUUACUUUGUUUAGAUGGUUAAGCAAUUGUUACUGUUCUUGUUAUGUGGCUUUGUAAAGUGAUUACGGACUAAGUUUCCUAUGUUUGUUUGGAAUUGGAAUGAAGUUGAAUGAAACGGUGGUGUUUUGAUCUGAA